UCAACUUAUCAGAGGCUACAUGUACACCAAUAGCAGAACCAUGUUCUUUCUCAGUGUCCUUCUGCUUACUUUGGUGCUUCAAGACUCCAGAUUGCUGAUUUCUGCAGAGACAGUAGUUACAUGUGAUGGGUCUGUCCAGCGUCUAAGUUGUGACUCUGGUGUGAUCAGUGUACAAUCAGCAACAUAUGGCCGCACAAGCAGCCAAAUUUGCAGCGUUGGACGACCACAAGUCGAAACAUUUAAUACUCAGUGUUCAAUAGAUGUUCCUGCGGUCUCUAAACAAUGUGAUGGACUGAGAGAGUGUGAGUUAAACACUCAAGGACUUGCACCACGAGAUCCAUGUUAUGGCAGCUACAAAUACUACACUACCAACUACAUUUGCAUCCAAGCAGAAAUAAGUGUGACUUGUCAUGGUGGAUACGGUUAUUUGAAAUGUGAUAAUGGUAAGAUUCAGAUAAAUACUGCAAACUAUGGACGUACAGAUAAAAUCACCUGCUCGGAAGGACGUCCAUCCACUGAGCUCCAAAACACCAAGUGCUAUUCUCCCAAUACACUGGCUCCUGUGUCGAAAAGCUGCAAUGGCCUGAAAAGUUGUGAGGUUUUUGCGACACAUACGGUCUUUACUGAUCCCUGCUAUGGCAUUUACAAGUACCUUGCAAUCUCCUAUUUUUGCCUCCCACCUGAAAUUCGUUCAAGUUUGGUCUGUGAACAGGAAACUAAUGACCUGAAGUGUGAGGAUGGAACUGCCAUACACAUUCACAGCGCUAACUAUGGGCGAACUGAUAGCAUGACGUGUUCUACUGGACGACCUGCUUCUCAGCUUGCCAAAACUGACUGCUACGCCUUAAAUUCACAGACAAUAGUCGCUAAUGGAUGUGAAGGGAAAAACAGAUGCUCCAUAUUAGCCUCCAACAGCGUCUUCUCGGAUCCAUGUGUCGGCACAUUCAAAUACCUAUACAUCUCAUACUCCUGUGCAUCUAACUGUAAGUCGGUUCUUAUGGAUUUGGGCUCUUCAGUUCUCUAUCAACAUCUUUUCCACUUUUGCUGUGCUGAAGGGAGGGGGAAGUUAUUUUAUAAAGAUUACGAAGGCACAUGA